AACAAAAUUGGACGUAACUGGGUAUUGAACCCGCUUCCCUAACUACAUGCCACAACACUUCCCCCAGAGCAAAGGUCAAAAACUAGCGGAUACCCAGCUGAAAGCCGCUCCUUCGCCUUCGACCGCCGCUCAACGUCGACCACUGCUUCUUCCCCGCCAAAUGCUUCUCCCACUUCACUAACCGCUGAUAUCCCUCCAUAUUUAGGCUGAUCCACUAAACAGGCCAGGCGAGGCUUUGAAACAGGCAGACUCAGGCCGAAAAAUCAGACCUUUAACAGUUUUUGGGCUGCAUAGACACCUAUUCCCAAGUUCCCAACCCACCUUCUUCGCACCCUAAAGAAUUGCAGUGAAUCCUCUUUGCAAAGAGCGUAGAGCUGAAGCGCACGCUAUAGAGAAAUGGCUUUCAGGGUAUCCAGUGCAAGGACCUGCUUGGGAAGUGGGUACAGUUUGAGGUUCACGUUCAACGUGCAUAGAUUUGCUCAUGUCAUUGCUCGACCGGCUCAAAUGGACGGCGACAUCCGCAACCCGCUGUUCACAUCGCCAACUAUGGCUCUGCCCGAAUCUCAGGAGGGCAAUGAAGGCAGCACACGAUACGGAUUCCAAGACAUCCCUUUCUUCGAAGGCUCUAUGGAACUAAUGGCCGUCCCCAAAAAGAAGGUUUCUCGUCAUAAGAGAGGCAUACGAAAUGGACCAAAGGCGCUGAAACCUCAACCAGUUAUUAUCUGUUGCAAGGUUUGUGGCCGAGUCAAAUUACCACACUUCUUUUGUUGUGGCGGGAUUAGGCAAGACCCAGAGCAGUAGAGAAUAUCAUGUCAUAUUUGUGAAGGGAUGGUUAAAGCACGGAGAACUCACGAGAAAAUCCGCAUGUUUCCUUUGUAUACAUCGCAGACCCUGCACUUUGAUCUUUAACAGCUCACAGUUCCUAUCUUUUUGUGGAAUAUGUAUGUCUAUAUAUUCUGCAAUAACUAAAGCAAUGCUUGGCAAGUUGAGCAUUUUUUCACAUUAUUCUGUCAAGAUCAUCCACUGGUGUUUGAAUGGUGUGUGCUUACUUCUUAGUAGAUUCUCAAAGCAAUAGAUUUGUUUAACUUCCAAUGAAAAACAUAAAAUAUGUCCAUUUGAUUGUUUAUCACAAUAAAACGGACUUGUUUUUAAAAUCAUUAUUUUUCAA